UGCCAAAAUGUGCUUGAUUACAGAGGUCUCCCUGUGAUCACUGUGCACUCCAGAUAGGGGAAGGUGCCGCGGCGCAGGUUCAGCUCAGGCCAGAUCAAAUCCCCGGGCUGUUUAACGCUGAAAGGCUGCAUGUUGCUAUUAGUGUUAAAUAUAUGGCUAAUUAUGCGUAUGAAAAUUAAACAUCAGUGUUAUGCUAAUGGGGCGCCUUCAGCUGCGGAUCUGAGCACUUGAGACUACCAUUUAAUCAAAUGAAUCAGUAACUAAUACGUGUGCACGUGUGAACUUUCACAAGAUCAUUUCCCCCGGUCCCCGUCACACCGCUAAAUUAUGAAAGAAAUAAUUAUCAACACUUUCUAAUUACCUAACAAAGUAAUUUGGGAUUCAUCGUGGGGCUGGCGGGAUUGGGAACCAACAGUCCCUAGCAACCAGCGUAGUUUGCGCCACGCGAGGUGGUGUGUGGUAGUAGUGGGGGGGUGGAGUGCGAGAGAAUCUUUUGUGCACUUUUCAACACUUGCACCCAGAUGGUAGACAGCGCGCUUUGGCAGCUCUUUCCUUCACCAGCUUCCCCACCUCACCCCCGGGCCCGGAGGCUCCAGCUUUGGCCACUGGAGACCCGUGCAGCCUCGAGCUGGAGUGGCCAGCUGGGCCUGGAGAGAUGCGAGCAAGCCCCUGGGAACGGUGGCAACGGCGGGGCGGCGGCCGAGUGAGUGAGUUGGGCCAGAGGGCCCCCAAACCCAGAUCCCCGGGAUGUGGCCGAGAGAACCCCAACCUGGGAGGCGCGGCCUGGAGCGCGCUGAGCUAGGCACAAGACGCUCAGAAGGACCGCUGGCUGCAGGCUACCUGGGUUGUCGCCCAGUGCGCGACUCCGCGAUCCAGAGACCGCGGCCGGACUCUGGAGCGGCGCUCCGCACCGGACUAGAGGAGCCCCGGCCGGGACGUGUGGACCGGAUUCUCCCCAGGCCGGGCCGCGUCGCCCGCUCUAGUCCAGCCGAGCCCGAGCUUCUCGGACCAAUCCCCGGUGAUUAUGCAAGAGAGCCGACCAAUCAGCUCCACCAGCUCAUGAAUAUUUAUGACCUUGGCUGAGUCAAAGCUUUGAACCGAGUUUGGGGAGCUCGGCAGCAUCAUGCUUAGACUUUUCAAAGAGACAAACUCCAUUUUCUUAUGAAUGGAAAGUGAAAACCCCUGUUCCGCUUAAAUUGGGUUCCUUCCUGUCCUGAGAAACAUAGAGACCCCCAAAAGGGAAGCAGAGGAGAGAAAGACCCACACCCAGACCCCGCGAGAAGAGAUGACCAUGACCACCAUGCCAGAAAGUCUCAACAGCCCCGUGUCGGGCAAGGCUGUGUUUAUGGAGUUUGGGCCGCCCAACCAGCAAAUGUCUCCUUCUCCCAUGUCCCACGGGCACUACUCCAUGCACUGUUUACACUCGGCGGGCCAUUCGCAGCCCGACGGUGCCUACAGUUCGGCCUCAUCCUUCUCCCGACCGCUGGGCUACCCCUACGUCAACUCGGUCAGCAGCCACGCGUCCAGCCCCUACAUCAGUUCCGUGCAGUCCUACCCCGGCAGCGCCAGCCUCGCCCAGAGCCGCCUGGAGGACCCAGGGGCGGACUCCGAGAAGAGUACGGUGGUGGAAGGCGGCGAGGUGCGCUUUAACGGCAAAGGGAAAAAGAUCCGUAAACCCAGGACAAUUUAUUCCAGUUUGCAGUUGCAGGCUUUGAACCGGAGGUUCCAACAAACUCAGUACUUAGCUCUGCCUGAGAGGGCGGAGCUGGCGGCCUCCUUGGGACUCACACAGACGCAGGUCAAGAUAUGGUUCCAGAACAAACGCUCCAAGUUCAAGAAGCUGAUGAAGCAAGGCGGGGCAGCUCUGGAGGGCAGCGCGCUGGCGAACGGCAGAGCCUUGUCUGCCGGCUCCCCACCGGUACCACCCGGCUGGAAUCCGAACUCCUCAUCUGGGAAGGGCUCCGGCAGCAGCGCUGGCUCCUACGUCCCCAGCUAUACAUCAUGGUAUCCCUCAGCGCACCAAGAAGCUAUGCAGCAGCCUCAACUGAUGUGAGGUUAUCAGUUCGCACUCACCCGCUUCCUGCCCGUCUCCCUUGGCCCGGCCCCUCCCGCCUCCAGGUUCAUCCACCUUUUCGCACGCCCUGGGCCAGGAGGAGAAGAGCCCACGAGCGGGAGCAGGGGUGGGGGUGGGGAGCUAAAAAUAAAAGAAAAAGGAACAGUGAAGGCAGAGGGCUUGCUGCUUCUCGGAGCCCCUAAAAGUCUGACUCAGCGACCUUUCAGCCCGAAUCUGGUUUGGGCCACGGUGAACAGCAGAGUGGCCUCAAAGCGCAGGCACAGCCACUGGAGACAGCCAGUGCCACAAGAUAACCCGCUGGACCGGACCAGACUCUCAUCUUUGUGAGACUAUCAGGAAAAACAAAUACGUAGGAGGGGGAAAUACGCUCUUUUUUGAUUCUGUCCGUCUUUGUCUCCUUUUUGCACUGUCUGUGCGCCGAAGUCAAGGUCCUCGUGUGUCUGCUGUCCUCAUUCUACGACCUCUCCAAAAAGUCACCAGGUCUGAGCCACACCGGUCUGCCGGCAGCCCAUCCACCGAGUCCUGGACCACUUUUUCCUGAAUGGUCUUCUUCCGGGCCCUGCUUGACCAUCUAUGUAGCUUGUUUGGGAAAUGGGGGAAAUCAGAGGGAGGGGGGUUAAUUUAUUGAAAAACAGACUUCAUCUGACGCUGAGUGUUGGCCAAUUCCAAAUUCUCUGGGACAUGGAGUGGGCGCUGUCCAAACAUACUAUUUACCUUAAACACACCAGAAGAGGGAACAAGGACAGGAAAGUGACUUUUAAGGUGCACAGUAACUUUUGUACUUGGCUGAAAUGCAGAAAGGGAAAACAGGAUGCCGUGCAUUUUACAUGCUCCAAAUUAUUAAAAAUAACAACAAAAGAAAGACCGAAGUAAGGAAGUAAGAUAUGUAAAACCAAUAGGAUGUUGUCAAAAACGUUUGGACAAGAACACCUGGCCAAGAAGAAAAAUCAUACUUUGGGCAGCAAGAGAGAGGACCAAUGAGCCUUGGAGAGAAAAUAAUUUGUCCUUUAUGUAAAAGCACCCCAAUUCCAGGUCGCUUUAAAGUAAGACACAAGCAGCGGCUCGACCACAGAACACAAGUCAUCACCCUGAAUGCACGGGCUCUGGUGCAAGAUCUAAUUGCUGUACAUAUUAUUGUUGUUAUUAUUAUUAAUUAUUAUUAUUAUUGUUCUGUAAACAUGUUGCACAAGCUUAGCCUCUUUCCGUUCUGUUGUGUGUGGCUGUAAACCCGAUGCUUUGUGAAAUGAGAAUCUUGACAUUUUACUUGUGAAAUUUGGAAAAUGUGACCGAUUGAAAUCCACCGUGUUUUGUGUUCUCUAUGUCAAAGUUUAGUUUUAUAUUGAGAAUGUUAACUUAUUGCUUUGUAUCUUGGGGGGGGGGCGAACUUUGUAAAUAAGUUAUAAAGUUUCUUUGAGACAGUAAAAUUAUGGUUUCAAGAAAGA